GCCGUUGAGACGGGACUUCGUGGCGAGGGACGUCGCUCAAUACCACGUCCUCAUAGCAUUGCCACAAAUUUGCCCGCAAUGUUGCGAACCUCUGGCAAACCAUAUGUGUGCUGGAGAUGUCUUUCAUCCAGGCCGUCACUAUCGCCAGUCGCUGGCGGCUUGCACUCCACCCUAUCACUCCAGCAGCUAGGGACAGGCUCCACGGAGUCUAGAAGGUCAUAUGCGGGUGGAAGAUCCCACUACAGUGGCAACCAGGGCGGGAACUAUCGCGGGAAUUAUGGCCACCAAGGCGGUAACGCUCGUGGUGGUAACUAUGGCAAUGGCGGUGGCAGAGGUGGGCCUCGCAAGCCAACGACCAUAGCCACGAAAGAGGAACUGAAAUAUAUCCGUCAAAAGUCGGAUAUCAGGAUGCGGCUCCGGGACUGGGAGAGCGCAAACUACUCACCCUCGAAGCGUCUGCUCCAGGACCUGCCUACGCAGGACACGCCGCUGCUGAACUACCUGACCAGACCGGAUCUGCUCCCUGCCUCUGUGGGAUCCAUGGCAGGUAGAGAAAAGGAACUACACGAUAAAACCAAGCAGAACCGCGACUUGUCCGAAGGCGACGAACUUCAGGAUCUACGAGGAUCUACAUUCGCCCUCAAACCUGGUGACCUGGUCGAGACAAAGUACAACAGCGGCCGCUUGCCCAUCCUGGCAAUCUGUGUUGGCCGUCACAACAAUUCGCAGUACUUCUACAUGAGCACGGGUGAACUCGUCCCAGAGCGCAACAUCGUCACCCUCUUCAUCCUCAAAAACUUUGUCGACCCGUACAGACUCAAGCCCCUCGCCGACAUCUUGCCCGCGGAACCCGAGACAGAGGAGCGGCGCAACGCGCUGUUUCACAACCAUACGCCGGAUGCGCUCAAAACCGCCGCCCAACUACAGGGAGACUUGAUCAAAUUCUACCAAGACUCCGUCUCGUUUUAUCAGUCCCAGCUCACCUUGGACCUCGCGAGCAAACACUUGGCUACGGGCGAGCUGCAGUACCUCAGCCUCGAGGAGAUCGCGGACAAGCUGCUGCCUCAGCACGUAAAAGUGGGCGACAGGUUCCUUCCCCAUCAGCUGUAUGCUGUGCAUACCGCCCUGAACCGCGAUGGAUGGGGGUUCCGCCCGCUCAACAUGAAGUGGCACAGGCGCAACUACAUCUACGAGGUCAGGUCCACAUCCGACCUCAAACUCCUGAACAAGGUCGAGAACCAGGUCCGCGAACUGGUGGAGGGCGCCGCGCUGCGCGAAAACCCGGCGCAAUCCCUCUCCCUCCUGCGUCAGAACAGCCUCGGUUCCUUCAUCCUCAAGGCUCGCGGAAUAAUCCAGGCGAGCCGGCUGAGGCGAGAGUGGACGCCUCAUGGCAUGAUUGGACCUAGCAAUGACGAGGUGGAUAGCCUCGCGACUUGGAGCAAGCAGGAUCUCGAUUACAUCCGCUUCAUGGAGCUAUGGGCGUGUCACCGCAUCGUGCCGAAGCCAUCUCAGCUCGAGAGUCUAGGCUCCACCAUUCUGAAGUUGACGGACUGCUACAAGGAUUCCGACUGGGUGGCGUACUGGACGGCCUUCACUUUCCUCCAGGAGAUCGGCUGGAUUCCACCCUGGGACAUCCCGGCUCGUUACGAGUACAAGCUCGCGGGCACCACUGUCCAGCGAGGCGCUACCAUGGAGACGCCCCUCGUGGACGUCAACGCAUCACUCCGACCUGAUAUCGCUGAGGGCCACAGGCGUGACUGGGGCAAAACAACAAUCUUCUGCGUGGACUCUGAGCAAACGGCCGACGUGGACGACGGCUUCUCAGUCGAAGCGGCUGAGAAGCCCGGGGAAUAUUGGAUACACAUCCACAUUGCCGACCCAGGAUCCCGCAUCGACCCCAAAUCCGCGCUCGCUCGUCAACUCGAAAAGGCGCCAUCGAGUUUGUACAUGCCCGGAUACAACCAAAAGAUGCUGCCGCGGGAUCUCGAGCAGGAGUUCUCGCUGAACCCUGGCCGACCGUCGUUGACCUUCAGCGCCAAGGUUAACGAGAUAGGGGACAUCCUAGACUACAAAGUCGAGCCGGGCACCGUGCAAAACAUCUUGCACAUCCCCAAGGGAGAGGUCACUGGCAUCCUGCCCGGCCUUGAAACACAGACCGUCAGCAAAACCUUCGCCGUGGGCAAGCCACCCUCGCCGCCCAAGCCUGUGAAGCACAUCACUACCGCCGCAGACCUGUCCCAGGAAGAUAGGGAUGACCUGCUCCUCCUCAACCGCCUUUGCAAAGCCCUCAAGCAUCGCCGCGUGGAAAAGGGACAGCUACCCCCUUUCGAGACCAGAUUCGACUCACCCAAGGUAUCCCUCGACCACAUCGUCGUCAAAGGCGACUCCGACAACCUGACCAAGUCCAUGGCGUGGCAGGGCGACCCGUUUAUCGAAUUCAGCACGUCCACGUACAGCAAGGCAGACCGCCUCGUCGAGUCCCUCAUGCACACGGCCGGCGAAGUCGCCGCAAAGUGGUGCCAGGCCCGCGCCAUCCCCGUCCCCUACAGCACUCAACCCGACGCCGUCGCCAACGCAGAGGGCCUCGCCGCCUACCGCCGCGAGCACAUUGACCCCCUAACAGCGCAAGGCAAGCCCAUUCCCGCCGAGCACAUCCACAGGCUCCUUGUCUACGUCGGCAACUCGGAGAUCUCGGCCAGCCCGGCGCCCUUUUACGCCGUCGGCGUAGACGCCUACGCAAAGUCCACCAGUCCCAUCCGCCGCUUCAACGACCUCGUCGUCCACUGGCAGAUCCACGCCGCCCUCGCACACGAGCGCGAGACGGGCCGCUCCCUCGUCCGUGAGGACGUCUCAUCCGAUGAGGCCGAUGCCGACGCCGGCGCCGCCUUCCUCCCCUGGACGCAUCGCUCCCUAUCCAACGCGCUGCCGAUGCUUCACGCCCUGCAGCGCCAGAUCAAGCAAGUCGACAACAAGAACGCCCCAACGCACUGGGUCGCGCAGGCGCUCUUGCGCGCGUGGCGCUUCGGCGAGGCACCGCUGCCAAAGACAUUUAAGCUUGUCGUCGACGCCGUCUACUCGUUUGGUCUGAGGGGUCGGUUGAGCACCUUUUACAACCUGGGCGCCUCUGUGAACCUGCUGGGGCUGGAUGGUUACUGUAGGCUCGCGGACAUGCAGGUUGAUGAUGUGAUUGAUGUCGAGAUUACCGACAUCAAUGUUGUGACCAUGCAGAUUUGGUGUCAGCCCGUGGGACGACGACGUGUUGACAAGAAGAAGAAGAAGACGACGACGACGAAGAAGGAUGAUGCCCCUGCUGACGAUGCGGUAGCGGCCACUCCCAUGCCUGCUUGAUUGCGCUGGGCAGCACGGCUUUGUAACACCUGUAACACCACCCCGAGAGGAAUCUCCUCGUGUAAGAUGGAAGACAAAAACAACUGUACAAUAUAACAUAGACCUUUUGUAAGAUGGUACGAAACGCUGGGAAUCAUCCACACACUGGAUCAAUUUGUAGGGCCAGGAAACCGCCCUUUGGAAGUAGAGAUAGGCUGGCUAUCUGUAUAACAUUGCCAUAACUCAAAACGAAAUCC